CGGAGUUUUCCAGUGGCAGCUGCUGACUGUACAGCGAACUGCAAGCUGAUGAUGAUGUGGAGGAAAUAACGGAACGCUGUCUCCAUCAGCUUCGGAGGGGAACCGGCGAGAUAAAGCCAGCAGCUGCUCACAGACAUGUCGGUGGAGGUGAGCGCGUCGCCUCUUUAAAGCGGUUUAGACUUCACGGGGAACAGCAGGCUAGCUAGCUAGCGUUAGCUCGGCGCAGUUAACGCUCAGCUGCCGACUCCAGCUGGAGGAAAGAAGAAGAAAAAAGAGGCAAGUUCUGCAGCGAUCAGAUGAGUGGGUGGCUGUGGUCUGAAUGUUAACGCUUGGCCAAUUCACUCUAAAAAAGAUUUGCGACGAUGAGCUAAGCCGAAGCUUUGAUUCAAUCCAGCGCAGAUCAAACGACGGCGGAUGAGAUGGAUCAACUUUGGCGGCGAGACCUCGGCCUGGCAGAGCGGCUGGGGAAUGACUCUCCUGUCGGCUUCGCCCCGGGGCCCCCAGCCACGGUGGCCCCACAGCAAUCCAACACCUCCUGGGUGCCGGAAGCCCCGGUGGUCACGCCAGAAGAGCCAAUUUUCCUCAUGACCGCGACUGCCCAAACUAUCUCUGGGUUUUUCGUCUGGACAGCGCUUCUGAUCACAUGUCACCAGAUCUACAUGCACCUGCGUUACUACAGCUCUCCAAAUGAGCAGAGGCACAUCGUUCGGAUCCUCUUCAUAGUCCCCAUCUAUGCCUUUGACUCCUGGCUCAGCCUUCUGUUUUUCACCAAUGAGGAGUAUUAUGUGUACUUUGACACAGUCCGAGACUGCUACGAAGCCUUUGUCAUCUACAACUUCCUGAGUCUGUGUUACGAGUAUCUCGGAGGAGAGAGCGCCAUCAUGGCUGAGAUCCGAGGGAAACAGAUUGAGUCAAGCUGUGUGUAUGGGACCUGCUGUCUGUGGGGCAGGACGUACUCCAUUGGUUUCCUCAGGUUUUGCAAACAGGCUACUCUCCAGUUCUGCGUGGUAAAGCCCCUGAUGGCAGUGAUCACUGUCAUUCUUCAGGCCUUCGGGAAAUACAGAGAUGGAGACUUCAACGUGGCGAGUGGCUACCUGUACGUGACCAUCAUCUACAACGUCUCCGUCAGCCUGUCGCUCUACGCGCUCUUCCUCUUCUACUUCGCCACGCACGAACUGCUUGUCCCGUACAACCCCAUGCUCAAGUUCUUCAUGGUCAAGUCGGUCAUAUUUCUCUCCUUCUGGCAAGGUGUGCUGCUGGCCAUCCUGGAGAAGUGCGGAGCCAUCCCUCAGAUCAGCUCGGCGGGCUUCUCUGUGGGCGAGGGAACGGUUGCCGCCGGUUACCAAAACUUCAUCGUCUGCAUCGAGAUGUUCUUUGCUGCUGUUGCUCUGCGCCACGCCUUUACUUACAAGGUCUACAUGGAUAAAAGGCUGGACUCGUAUGGCCGCUGUGCCCCAAUGAAGAGCAUCUCCAGCAGCCUGAAGGAGACCAUGAAUCCAGGGGACAUGGUCCAGGAUGCCAUCCACAACUUCUCCCCGGCUUAUCAGCAGUACACCCAGCAGUCCACACUGGAGCGAAGUGGGGGACCGCCCCUCUCCCGCAGCCACAGUAACCUCAGCACCCGCGCGGACAACGAAAAGACCCUGCUGCUCAGCUCUGAUGACGAGUUCUGAGACACAAAGCCACACUCACACUACUCCUGUAGCCCAUGUUGGAUUUGUAUCACUAGUGUCUGACAAAUCUGAUCUUUUUGUUGGUUCCUUAACAUAAGAUUUUCUUCUUUUUUUUUUGACAAUUAGACAAUGAAAAGAUCCGAUUUAUUUCAGACUUAUAAAAACAUAGGUACCAGACUGUGGUAAGGGCUCGAGAGUUUUGACAAAUAAAGAGGAAAUAAAAGAG